AUGCAUCGACAAAACGUCAGAAGAGGAUUGAGACUGAAUAUUAGACCAAGGUCUAGCACGACAAGCUGGACGACAGUAACAACACCAUUAUUAUCUCGAAAUCAAAGUCAUGUUGCACGCAUCAACCUGUUAAAUAGCAGUGCUGUUGAUUCCGAGGGCAACUCAGCUUCACGAAGCUAUACAUAUCCUAAGAACUCAACAGUGAUUAAUGAACGACAUUUCUAUCAGAAUACAGUGCUUAUGGACUGGGUCAAUAAAGCGCCUCGGCCGGUAUCAUUACGGCAACUGGCAUUUUUUGGCAGGAAACUGACGCCAGAAAAGAUCAUUUCCUCGGCCAAUUUCGUCCAGGUUGAACUGCCAGUCAGACUGGCACACAGAGUACGAGACAUGCAACAGUUACCAUUUGCAGUGGUAUCGAAUACGCAUAUUUCACCUGUUUAUGAACAGUACUACAAAGCAUUUGACAAGUUCCGCAAGUUUCCUUUAAUCACGACCCUGGAACAGAAUGACGAGUUCUGUAACCUUCUGACCGAGCUCUUAGAUGAGCACCUAUCAAUCAUCCCAAAGUUGGUGAUGGGUGCUAUUGAAUGUUCAAUGGCAGAUUGCAUUGACAGCGACAGGCUAGAUAGCUUCAUGUCGACGAUGUUAUGCUCGAGAAUAAGCCGUCGAGUCAUUGCUGAACAGCACUUGUCACUGAGUAAAACGUUUCGAGCCAACCAAGGCCAGACAGAACUACCGCAUGAUCCUAAUUUCAUAGGUGCUGUAUUUUUACAGUGCUCGGCACGAAAGUCGGUUUCCCAAUGUGCCAAACACGCCACAGCAUUGAUCCAAGAACUAUAUCCCGACCUGGAGAUGCCCAAGAUCGAGGUCGAGGUGCAACAACAGUCUAAGGACGACAUCACUUUCCCAUAUAUCAAGUCACAUUUAGAUUACAUAAUUGGUGAGCUGCUGCGGAACAGCAUUGAAGCCACAGUACUCUUCUGGCAGAAAAAGCACGCCAAAGACCCUGCCAUGCAUCCACACCCACCUCCUAUCACUGUAUCUAUAUCCAACACCCCUCAGAACGUGUUUAUCCGCAUCUCCGACCUUGGCGGCGGAGUUCCACAAGACGUACUUCCCCAUAUAUGGUCGUUUGCCAAAGGCCCACGGUCGCUGUAUCGACUUCAGAACUUCAAACAAGUACCAACACUUGCAGGAUUAUCAGACGAAGUCGGUACCGGUAUCGAGAGAUCACGAAUUGCAUCAGCUUUUGAGGCCUCGGAUACGUUUCUACGCACGGGCCGUAGCGAUAUCGAUCCCGAAGAAGACCCCAGCGGCAUUAAAAACUCGCUGGCCUCGCUGACCUCGCGAUCGUCACAUCUCAAACUCGGCAUGGGCCUGCCACUCAGCCGAGUCUACGCCGAAUACUGGGACGGAGCACUCGAUCUCCACUCCCUCGAAGGCUACGGAUGCGACGUGUUCCUCAAAAUCUCGCGCCUCGGCAACCAAAUGGAGCGCCUGUCUCUCGACAGAGUAUAA